CAUUUCCAACACACAGAUCCAGUGCAACAAUUUGGCUGUAAAUAUUGAAUUUAUACCAGGGUUACUCACUAGAGAGUGAAUAAUUCGAUAACUAGAAUUCCCAAUCAAUCAACUUCACAUCCCUUACCCCCAACCGUCCCCUACCUCUGCACACACUUGAAUCGCAGCGAUAGUAUUGUCUGUUAGCAUAUCUAACAGGUGUGGCCUCUUCUCGCUAUCAGAUCUUUAUGUAUGAUUUCCAUCCACUUUGGAAACAACUACUUGUCUCUGGCUUUAAGUCCAUUACUUUUGUUUGAUUUUUAUUCACUUGUCGUUUAAAUACCACAAAACACUAAACACACCUAAUGUCACAACCCAUUCAUAAUCAGCCGCAAGGCUAUGCUCAGCCAUAUGUGCCGGCUGCUUAUGGCCAACCACCGCCCGGCAAUUACGGACCGCCACCGCCAGGCAAUUACGGACCCCCACAGCCUGGCCCUGACCAAUGGAUUAGCGCACCGUCGCAGCCCAUAAACUGUCCCCCGGGUCUGGAAUACCUUACGGCUGUCGACCAAUUGUUAGUCCACCAAAAGGUGGAACUCCUCGAAGCGUUCACUGGCUUCGAGACAAACAACAAAUACACGAUUAAGAAUAGUUUGGGACAAAAAGUCUAUUAUGCGGUCGAAGACACCGACUGCUGUACCCGUAACUGUUGCGGUGCUCUCCGACCGUUUGAUAUGAAAAUCUUAGACAACGCUCAGCGAGAAGUCAUUCAUCUGUACCGACCCUUUAGGUGUACGUCCUGUUGCUGUUUCUGUUGUCUACAGCGCCUGGAGGUGAUGGCCCCACCCGGCAAUGUAAUCGGUUAUGUGGUUCAGGAGUGGAGUAUAUUUUGUCCCAAAUUUCGUAUCGAAGACGCGUCCGGCGAAACCGUUCUUCGUAUUGAAGGUCCUUUUUGUACGUUCAGCAUCUGUGGUGAUGUGGAGUUCCAGGUGCUGUCACGGGAUGGCAAACAACAAGUGGGAAAAAUCACUAAACAGUGGUCAGGUUUGGCGAGAGAGAUGUUCACCGACGCCGACAAUUUCGGCAUAUCGUUCCCAAUGGACCUGGAUGUCAAUGUUAAGGCCGUUAUGUUGGGCGCAUGCUUUCUCAUUGACUUUAUGUUUUUCGAGAAAAGUGGUAACAAGGAGAAUGACAGGCUGGGUAUGCUUUAGAGGCAUACCUAAAUAUUAUAAGCCUAUGGUAUACAUGUUGGCACCUGUAUUAUAUGCCUUCCAAAUACAGUAUACCUUAUCAUCGAAUAUGACACCAAAUAUUUAGAUUAUUUACUA